AUGCUCACCGCCAGCUACAUCUCCACGGUGGGCCAAGAGCACUGCCAACCAAUCCCAGAAGAUGGUGAGGUUGUAGCGUCUGGCCACAACUUGACAGCUGAGCAGCGCCCAGGCAUUACAAACCGGAAAACGUCAGUAGACCGCUUUCGAGCGUACCCAAGUCGUCCCACCGUCUUUCUAUGCGUACCCCCGCGACUCUCCAUCUUCACGGGCUGA